UUUCUGUUAGCCGUGCCAUGUCUACUGAAAAUCUUGAAUCUUUACAAAAUUCUAUGUUUACUGAAAACCUUGAACCUUUACAAAAUUUUCAAAAUGACAGCAAUGAUAAUGAAACUAGUACAAAAAAACCAGAUAAACAAGUUUUUUCUAAACAAAUUAAAG